AUGGCGGUCGCGGCGCUGCGCUUGGUGCUGCUGCUCCUAACGGAGGUCUUCGUAGCCUCUUUGGACUCGGACUGGGAAGAUGCCUCAGGAUACAGAACGCCAAACUGUGCUCAGUAUAAAUUACCAGGGUGUCCUCGGGACUUUAACCCAGUGUGUGGCAGUGACAUGUCCACUUAUCCCAACGAAUGCACUCUGUGCAUGAAAAUCAGGGAAGAUGGUCACGAUAUUAAAAUCAUCCGGAAUGAACCCUGCUGACGGAUCAUUUGCAGAAAGGACGCUGACAAAACCACCUUCCUCGGCCUGCUAGAUACAUUUCACCUCCCCCUUUUCUUGUUUCCUAUGCGUCUUUGCAUGAGAUUUUCCAACUCACCUUUUCUGAGAGGAGAUGUGGCAGAAAGCUAUGUGUAGUGAAAAAUGAU